CGUGUCUAAGUGCCGGUCUAUCAGAAAUAUAUAGCUAAUGACGAAUGAGAAUUUUGUAUCACACGUCAUUCUACUCCGUUCAUCUAUAAAGACUCCGAAGUUCCCAUCACAAUCCUAGGAACAACGCGUGCUUGUCAUUUAGUAUUGUCUAUUUCUCUUCAAAAGCGACCCCGAAAUCAAUUAUGGUAGCACACGCAGAACAAAGGCCAACCGUGGUUCUUGUACCCGGUGCUUGGCAGAGAUCUUGUGUUUUCGAUGUAGUACAAGACAAGCUCCAACUUCUAGGAUAUCCGACUGUUCUAGUAGACCAUCUGUCGACAGGAGCUGAGCCACCAACGAUAGAGCUUCCAGAUGACGUUGAUAAUUUGCAUAAAGUCCUCCAGCAAUUGGUUGACGAAGAGAGAGAUAUAGUUGUUGUUGCGCACUCGUACGGCGGCGUCGUUGCCUCUUGUGCAGUGGAAGGUCUUGAUGUACCCACACUCCAGAAGGCCGGCAAAACAGGCGGCGUCAUAAUGUUGGCAUACUUGAGUGCAUUCGUACUUCCCAAAGGCGCAUCACUGAUGGAUGGCCUUCAUGGUCAAUGGUUGCCGUGGCAAAAAGUAGAGGGAGACUACUGUGGCACCACCAACGAAGCCGACGUGUUUUACAACGACUUAUCCGUCGCUGAGCAGAAAAAGUGGACUGCAACCAUGACACAUAUGCCAGUCGCUGUGUUCAAGUCCAGCUGCACAUACGAACCAUGGCAUGCCAUGCCAUGCAUGUACGUUUUUUGCACGAACGAUAACGCGAUUCCUUUGGCCAUGCAAACAGGCAUGGCCGAUCAAAUGGGCAGUAUCACAACAUAUUCAAUUCAGUCCUCACAUUCACCAUUUCUCAGCUCGCCAGAUGAUGUAAUUAAAGCAGUUGAGUUGGCGGCUAGGACUGGUGAAGAGAAGAAGUCUUUGAUGUAAAUGAAAGGGAAAUUAGACACUCGCAACAAAAUAUGAGGC